ACCUCGACCGCUGUCCGCCCUCUGAGGACGCGUCGACGACGCCCCCUUGCGCUCCGUCGCAUCAUGUCCAUUCCUUUUGCCUUUGUUUCUCUAGUUACGUCCGACCACUACCUUCCCGGUGCUCUCGCAGUCGCAGCGGCACUCAAGGACCUGCACCCGACACCUGCCAAGGCUCCGGAAGUCAACUUCCAGACCGUGUGCCUCGUUACCCCCGAGAGCAUAGAUGUGUCUACCAUUAAGCUCCUCCGCCGCGCCUUCAAUGUCGUGAUCGGCGUUGAGCUCAUAGAGCAGGAGGACGAGAAGGGUCUGCAGCUACUCGGUCGUCCGGAUCUCAGUCAUGUGCUCACAAAAUUACACAUAUUUCGCCUGACGCAGUACCAGAAGAUAAUAUUCCUCGACGCAGACGUACUUCCGAUACGGCCGUUAUCGCACUUGUUCAACAUACCUCAUGAUUUCGCAGCUGUGCCGGAUGUCGGCUGGCCGGAUAUCUUUAAUUCCGGCGUGUUGGUGCUGAAUCCCGGUCAAGAUAAAUUCGACCAGCUCGUCCAGCUCCUCAAGACCAAGGGUAGCUGGGACGGAGGGGACCAAGGACUCUUAAACGAAUGGAGGGGCGGGAACUGGCACCGCCUGAGCUUCACCUACAAUACAACACCAACUGCUGCGUACACAUACGCCCCCGCUUAUGAACGAUUUGGCUCGCAAAUAUCGGCGAUUCACUUCAUUGGCCCCAGUAAACCUUGGGCAAGCCUGCAGUACCGGGCUCCCGCACGAUGCGAAUGUUCCCAGGAGGAGAAGCGCAAGCAGGUGUACAACUUUGACUCGCUCGUCGACCGUUGGUUCGACGUGUACGACAGGUAUUACCGUUCGGACGCGCCCACGGCGCGCGCCGAAUUCGAGGUCCGGAGAUAUGCCUCGGUCUGGGACGAAAAUGGUCGGGACGAGCUCGGCGCGGAGCUUCCUCCCAUCACUCUCAGCGGGACAGCUACUCAUCCUGGUGGUACAUUAGGUCUGGAGGAUCUACGGAGAAUUGCCGUAGAGGGUAUGAGUAACAUGGGCAGCUCUGUCGCUGACACCGAAAGCGCUGUUCAAGUGGGCGAGUACCGCUCUAUGCCGUUGGGAGGUCGUGUCGACUUGAUGCGGCCUAAGCCCCAACCGAGGCCGCAGACUCAGACUUGGGACGAGCAUACAGGGACAGGCGAAGGCCAUCGAAACGACCGUGAUCGGGACUUGACGCCCACUCAGGAAGAUGGAGGCGGCGAUGGCCCGAGGAUGCACACGCACCUACUCCUAGCCCCAACGAGAUUCCGCCUGCACCUUAUCAGCAGGGCAGAUCGUCGCCGCCAGCCUUGUCGUACCCUACCCAAGGUGAACAGUGGUCGGGUCCAGAGAGUUCUCAACACAGCACCAAGAUCAAGGACGGCGCAUGACUCUCAACGGCAACAGUGGCAGCCUGAGCCCGAGCAUCAGGGAACACACCACCACCACCGUCAGCAUCAGCAUCAGCAGCCGUUCCGCCACCAACCUCCUUCCCCUCAAAACAGCAGUCCCGAGCAUGAACCGAUCCCGAUGCCCUCUGUGUACCACCGCCAUUCUCCUCGUCAUUCUCCUGGCCAUUCGCCUCAGCAUCAUUCGCCUCCAUACCACCAACCUCAACAUCACCCGCAUGCACACCAGCAUCAUCAACACCACGAGCAUCGCUCUCCCCCUCGUCCCUCCUCGCCUCCAAUCAACGCGUUCCCCACAGACACGUAUUUCCCCAAUGUCUGGGACCAGUCGCCCUCGCGUCAGCACGACGCUGCGCAUCAAGCCUUCCCGUCACCACCGGUGCCCUACGUGCCCGCGCCGCACUCGGACGCGUUCUUCCGGCCGCCUCCUCCGAGCCGUGUACCAGAGCAGCUUCUCCUUCAGGGCCAGUACUCGAACGUCUUUGGACAAGCACCGCCUGCAGGCCCUGGGUCCCCUCCUGCUCAGCCCGUCCCCGAUCCGACCAAGGUGCAGGCGGUGUUCCCUUGGGAGCAAAAGCCUCAGCACACCCCGAAGCGGGUCUUCCCCGUUUCAGACGUUCCCCUCGCUACGACGAAGUACAUCGAGAAUGAGGCGAUGUCUUCGUCCGCCACGCAGGCUGAGGAGGAAGCACUCACCCCAGAGGGUUCGCCUGAGGCGGUCGCCGGGUCGCCGGGCCAGAUACGACCUGCGCUGCAUGUGCAAGCGCCGACGCCGCCGACGAUUGGGCUGCCGGGCCAUCUCACGUAUGCGAAUGCGUGGGACACAGUACCCAGUAUACAGAAGUACGCGUCGAAGCUUGUGAGGCCGCAUCAUCAGUAUCCUUUUCAGCAUGUGCCGUAUCAGAGCACGGGUUCGCCUCGCCGUCGCUCCGCGCAGUGGACGGAUGACGACGCGUGGAGGCGCAUGGAGAAGGAGCGCGAGCGGGUUGCGCAGGCGCGGCAGGAUGCAAGCAGCAUGGAUGGUGAUGACGAGGACGAAGGUGACGACGAGGACGAUUGGGACGGUGAGAGCAAAAAGGAUAGCGCCUUAGGGACCGGCAGUCAUUCCGGGGGCCGCUCGAGGUCAGGAAGUACUGCGUCAGCGACGGCCGCAAAAGGGAGGAAGUACCGCGGGCGUGGUGUGCAAACCAUCCCUGUUGAGACUCGUCACCAGGCUAUCCAGGUCAAGAUUCGCUCGUUGUCCACGGAUGGUGAUGGUCCGGUGUCCAGAGAUCCUAAGCAGCCGCCUCCAUCGACCAGGAUGGUCCCGGAAAAGACAAAGCGUGAUAUGGCAUCUAGUCCAAUUUUGGCCAAGAACCGCCUUCUGCCUCCGCCUACCCUGUUGCCGCCGGCGCCCGUGCAUGAGUUCAGGAUGGAUCCUGACCAGAUGGGACAAGCGACUCCGGCUCUCAGCCAGUCCCUGAAGCAAACGGUGCCAUUCCCGUCUUCUGCGUCGCCGACUGGGUUGCGGUCCCCUCAGACGCUUGGUUCGCCACGCACUUACUCUCCACCCAAGGCGUUGAGUCCGCCCAAUGCGCUGUCCCCGUCCAAGAUGAGCUCGCCGAAGGUCCCCUCGCCUCCGCGUGUCAUGAGCCCUCCCAAGGUCCCUACUCCGGCCAAGAUGUCCACCCCGCCCAUGUCUGGUACCGCGAGUCCUGCCAGAGUGCCGUCUACGCCUAAGGGCGCGUCGCCUCGCAGGCUGUCAUCUGCGCAACAGCAGCAGUUCACCACCCCUCGCAAGUCUUCAUUUGGCAGCACGCCUCCCAGCAAGCCUGCCUCGCCGAGGGUCGGGCCCGUUUUAUCGUCGACCCCGCCGCCCAGUACUCCUUCCCCUAAGCUUCCCAAAUUGACCUCUCCGUUUGGGCCUCCGAUGUCUCGCUCAGUCUCGAACGACACCAACCUAACGUCGUCGCCGUCCACGCAAGGUAUGCCACUGACGCCCGAGAGCGCGACCGCCCCUCCCCCUCCGCGCAAAGCAGGACACGUUUUCAAGCGCAGUUCGGAAGAAGUACUCGCCCGUUUCCUGCGCAUGGGCCCGUUCGAAGAGGAUGAACGUCGUCAGAACCAGGUUCAACAGCAGCAAGAGUAGUGGCAGAGAGAUAGAGGCCCGUUCCCCGUGAAGUUCCUUCCUGUCUAUAUGUGUUUCCUUUUCACGAAGCGUGAUGUUUGUCUGUCUUUAUUCCGUUUCCUUCCUCCUUUGCUUCUAGCCUCAUCAACC